AUGAGCGACAAACAACCGAUUAAGUUAGACGACGAACAAAUUGCGGAGUUGAGAGAAAUAUUCCGGUCGUUUGAUCGGAACAACGACGGGAGUUUGACUCAACUUGAACUCGGAUCGCUUUUACGAUCACUUGGUUUGAAGCCGAGUCCGGAUCAGCUUGAAAAUUUGAUAAUGAAGGCAGAUACGAAUAGCAAUGGAUUAGUUGAAUUUUCAGAGUUCGUAGCUCUGGUUGAGCCGGAGCUGGUAUCGGCGAAAUGCCCUUACACGGAGGAGCAAUUAAAGCAGUUGUUUAGAAUGUUUGAUCGAGAUGGGAAUGGGUUUAUCACUGCGGCCGAGUUGGCUCACUCGAUGGCCAAACUCGGCCAUGCUCUCACGGCGGAGGAACUCACCGGAAUGAUCAGGGAAGCCGAUACCGAUGGCGAUGGCAGAAUCAAUUUUCAAGAGUUCUCUCAGGCAAUUACUUCUGCUGCAUUUGAUAAUUCCUGGGCAUGA